AUGGUUAGCAAGAUGGAUUCAAAUAUGAAUGAAAUUCGUAUAUUAUUACUAGGUGAUUCAUCCGUUGGUCGUACAUCAUUAAUUUAUUCACUAGUUAGUGAAGAUGUUGUGCCAUCUGAUUUAUUUUCUGAUUCAACUAAUAGACCAACAAAUGAAAGUCAUCAUUAUUUUAAAACAGAUGAUAUUUCUAUUCCACCUGAAGUAACAAAAGAGAAAAUUCCAACAAUAAUUAUGGACUAUUGUGGAACAAUUCCUCAAACACUCGAUGAAAUUGAAAUAUAUUUAACAAGAGUAUCAAAUGAUGAUCCUUAUUCAGCUACAACGACGGCAAAUAUGAAUACAAGUACACAUGUUCAACAAUCAUGUGGUCUAUCAACAUCGAUCAAUAAUGCACAUGUUAUUUGUCUUGUUUACGCCUUAAAUGAUUCUAAAACGAGAGAAAGAUUGACAACGUUAUGGUUGCCAUUAAUUAGACGAUUACGAACAUCUACACAAGAUCCACAUGAUCGAAUUCCUAUAAUACUAGUUGCAAAUAAAUUUGAUUUAUAUCAGAAUGAAUUUCAAUAUGAACAGUCGACAUUUUUAACAUCGAUAAUGUCUACGUAUUCAGAAAUAGAAUUAUGUAUAGAAACAUCGACAAAAACAAUGAAAAAUAUAUCAGAAUUAUUCUAUUCUGCUCAAAAAUGUGUUCUAUAUCCUACUCAACAUCUCAUUUUGUCAACAACAAAUUCAAAACAGUUAACGUCAAAAUUUAAACAGUGUUUACAUAGAAUAUUUCUUAUAUGUGAUUUAGAUAAUGAUCAAUUGUUAAACGAUCGAGAAUUAUCACAGCUACAAAUCUACUGUUUUACAUCAUCAUUAUCAUCAGCAUCAGCAGCAUCAUCAUCAGCAUCAUCAUCAGCAUCAUCAUCAUCAUCAUCAUCGUCAACGAAUACUAGCGAAUUUCAAUCAUUAAAAAAUGAAAUAAAACGACAAUGUUCAAAUGGACUUCGAUUUGAUUCCUUAACAUUCGAUGGUUUCUGUUGUUUAUUUCGAUUAUUUUUGAAUAAAGGAAAUUAUGAGACAAUUUGGACAAUAUUAGAAAAAUUUAAUUAUAAUAGAAAAUUAGAUUUAUUUAUACCCACACCAAGACAAUUACCAGCAAUUGAUGAUCCAUAUGAAUUUCCCAUUGUGGAAUUAUCUCCAUUAUCGAUGGCUUUUCUAACACAUUUAUUUUAUCGUUUUGAUUUUGAUAAUGAUGGUUAUUUAUCCCUAGAUGAAAUUAAUUUAAUGUUUGAACUUGUCGAUAUACUUCCAACAUUCACAUCUCUCAAUAAUAUAAAAAACAAUAUUUAUAUUCGUUUAACAUCAAGUUUAUCAUUAACUCUUCAAGGUUUUCUAUCACAAUGGCAUUAUUUAACUUAUUUUAAUCCUAUACGAGCAUACGAUUUUCUUUCUAUGUUUGGUUUUUCUUAUCCACAACAACAAAUGUAUGAUGCAUUUCAAAUGACAAAACGUUCAUCAACAUAUCUAUGUUAUAUAUAUGGUAUGUCAACAGUAGGUAAAACAGCAUUUCUCAAACGUCUUUGUUCAAAGUCAAUCUAUUCAACAUACAAUAAUUAUGAACUUGUAUCAGUGGCAACGGCUAAUCUAACAAAAACAAUAAAAUUAAAUGAAAAAGUUAAACAAUUUUUUGAUAUAAAUACUACAACAUCAACAUCAACAGUACAAACAUAUGCAAUUGAUUUAAUUCAAGUUUUACAAGAACAAAAAUGUCUUAUAUUAAAAGAAAUUCAUCAGCAACAAUUAGUUCUUCAACGGCAACCGGAUAUUGUCUGUUUUCUUUAUGAUCGUACUCAAAUUAAAUCAUUUCGAUAUGUUGCCAAUAUUUAUUUAAAAUAUUAUCGUGAUCAAUCAAAACAUUUACCAUGUUUAUUUAUUUGUACAAAAUCGGAUCAAACAUAUUUAAAACAAGAUUAUCCCAUCACACCGGAAUUUUUUUGUAAACAAAAUAAAUUAUCAUUACCUAUUGAUUAUUCAGCUGCAACAACCAUAACAACAACAAACACUAUAAGAAAUAAUAAUAAUACAAAUGAAAUAUUGCCUCGAUCACCAUCAACAUCAUGGUUUGCCUAUUUAUUUCAACGUGGAAAUGAAACACGAACACUCGAACCUUAUACAGGACAAUCACAACAACAAGAUGAUCAGACAAAUAUCUAUAUUAAAUUAGGCUAUUUAGCCACAUAUCCUAAUUUAAAACAUUUUCAAGAUAUUUACUAUAAUCCCGAUGUAUUUAUUAAAUAUUCGCUGUAUGCAACACGAACUAUCUGGGUGAGAAAUAAUGAAGUUGAUACAGCAUAUCGUGCAUUGAAUCGAGUAUUGAAUAAUGAAGAAGUUUUUCAAACCGCUCGACUUUGGGAUCGUUACGAAAAACCGUUUAGAAAACGAAAUCAUAAAAAAGUAUACAUUAGUUUUUUAGUUCGUUUUACUAUUGAUACUAAUCAUGGGACUUCUACAAGGAAUUCGAGUAAUUGGUGGGGUACAUUUGUGAUUAUAUUUUAUGUUCUUUGUCCAAUACCAUUGACAAUUGGUCGCCAAUGCACGGAUAGUUAUAAUAGAGAGUCAAGUCCAUGCAUGGAUUUAAUGUGGUUCUUAACUAUAUCGGCUUUUGGUUUACCAGCUGUAUUAUGCCGAACUGGUGUGAUUCUUCCUGGCUCGAUGGGUUUCAUUAUGGCUGGAAAUAUUGUUAUUUUUGUCACGAUUGCAAUUUAUUUUUUAACAUUCCAUUCGGAUGAUUCACAAACAUCAUAUUAG